AUGAGUCGCUUCGUACGACCGUCCAAGUACCGUCACGUCUACCCCAACGUCGCCAAGAAGGAAGCCUGCUACGAGAACGUCAAGGUCUCCAAUAAUGCCUGGGACACCAACCUCGUCGCUGCCAAUGGCAAGUACAUCUCGAUCAACUGGAAUGCCUCCGGUGGUGGUGCCUUUGCGGUCCUCCCCGUCAACCGUCCAGGCAAGUUGAACGACAUCUACCCGCUCUGUCGUGGUCACACGGCCACCGUGCUCGACACCGCCUUCAGCCCCUUUGAAGACAACUUUGUCGCUUCCGCGUCGGACGACGGAACGAUUGGACUCUGGAAGAUCGACGACGCUAACUUUGACCAACUCGAAUGGUCAGACAAGGAGCGAGAGCGCAAUGGCGGAGUCAAGGACUUUGAGCCCAUCGCACGCGUUUCGGGCGGAGGUAGGAAGAUCGGUCAGGUCGUCUGGCACCCGACCGCAUCCAACGUCCUCGCUGCUGCUACGGGCGACCACGUCAUCAAGCUCUUUGAUGUCUCGAAUGCAUCCACUGCCGCUUCCUCGCCCAGCAUCAGCCUUCGUGGCUUCACCGAUACCAUCCAGUCGCUCGACUGGGACUGGACCGGAACCACGCUCAUCGCCACCUCGCGCGACCGCAAGAUCCGCACCUUUGACCCGCGUCAAGGCGAGAACCCUGUGCAAGUUGCUGACUCGCAUGGUGGCAUUAAAGGCGCCCGUGUCGUCUGGUGUGGUGACAAGGACCGCGCCAUCACUACUGGCUUUUCCAAAAUGUCCGACCGCCAGUUGUUCCUGUGGGACACCAACAACCUCGCCAGCGGCCCGCUCAAGCAGGUCACGCUCGACACUUCCAGCGGCAUUAUCAUGCCCUUCUGGAGCGACAACAACAUCGUCUUCCUCGCAGGUAAAGGUGACGGCAACAUCCGCUACUACGAGCUGGAAAACGACGAGCUGCACUACCUCACCGAAUCCAAAUCGAGCGAACCGCAGCGUGGACUCACGUUCGUGGACAGGAGAUUCUUGAAUACCGACGAAAACGAGAUCGCCAAGGCAUACAAGAUCACUGGUACGACGAUCCAGCCUGUUUCGUUCUGCGUGCCCAGAAAGGCGGAGGGUUUCCAAUCGGACAUCUUCCCUCCUGCUCCCAGUGCUCAGCCUGCAUUGACGGCGGCUGAAUUCUUCAACGGUAAAAGAGCGCCCCGAAACAUGCUCAGCUUGGAGACGGGUAAAGGCGUGAGCAGCAGCGGUAGCGUCCCAACAACAGCAGGAGCAGCAGUGGCAACGCCUGCACCGGCGCCCGCAGCAGCAGCAAGACCGGCAAGUCCCACCAAGUCGGCUGCUGCGCCCGCACCCGUAGCUGCAUCCACUCCAGCACGCUCCGCUUCCCCUGUCAAAGCCACCCCUGCCCCCACUCCUGCGCCACAGCCAGCUGCUACGUCGGAGCCCAAAUCUGCAGCAGCCGCAGCAGCCAGCACUCCAGUCUCGACUUCCAACGGAUCAUCCUCGUCGACGAGCGAAGAAGUGGCAGACCUAAAAGCGGCCAUCGAGAAGCUUCGCACCGCCGUCGAGGAGCGCGAUACCAAGAUCCGCCACCUGGAACAGGAGAACGAGACGCUCAAGGCGAAUCAGAAAAGGGCAAGGGAGGCAUUGCUGAACUAG